ACGGUUGGAGUUUCGGCCGCACUUUGCUCUAAGUACUCACAGAACAUCAGCCACACAAAGAUUUUGGUCGAAGGCUUUCAGUUUUUUAAAUCAAUAUGCCCCCCACCACAAGGGUUAAUACUGGUGUUUGUCGGACUACAGUGUACGCGCUCUCGGCUCGGCCAUACCUGGCCGUCGUGCCCGCGCCCAGGCCUAGGCCUGCCCGGUUUCCAUGGCAACGGGAUGAGGAGAUGGCAGCGAGCAGCCGGCGUUCUCCCACUCCCUCUCUCCUCAGCUUCCCCUCGCCUCUCGAACUCCCGCGCUCACUGAAAAACAGGAUAUCGUUCCAGAAAUGAUUUCACACUUUAAUCCGUGAGCCGAGGAUGAAUGACUAUCGCCUGGUAGCAAAGAUAGGCGAGGGAACAUUUUCCGAAGUCUGGAAGGCACAAAGCUUAAAAAAUGGGACCUUCUACGCCUGUAAAAAGAUGAAACAGUAUAUUGAAAGCUUGGAGGAAGUGAACAACAUACGUGAAAUUCAGGCCAUGCGCAGACUGAGCUUGCAUCCUAAUAUUCUUCAGUUACAUGAUGUGGCAUUUGAUAAAAAAUCUGGAUCUCUUGCUCUAAUAUGUGAACUCAUGGACAUGAAUAUCUAUGAACUGAUACGAGGGCGAAGGCAUCCUUUAUCUGAGAAUAAAAUAAAGAGUUACAUGUAUCAGCUAUGUAAGUCCCUUGAUUACAUGCACAGAAAUGGAAUUUUUCACAGAGAUGUAAAACCAGAAAAUAUCUUAAUUAAGCAGAACUUACUGAAGUUGGCAGAUUUUGGUUCCUGUAGGAGUAUCUUUUCAAAGCAGCCGUAUACAGAAUAUAUUUCGACCCGAUGGUAUCGUGCACCAGAAUGCCUUCUUACUGAUGGAUUCUAUGGCUUCAAAAUGGACAUCUGGAGCACUGGCUGUGUUUUCUAUGAAAUAACCAGAAUUUUCCCCUGUAGCUUACAACCACUUUUUCCUGGUUCUAAUGAAGUUGACCAAAUUGCAAAAAUACAUGAAGUUGUUGGCACUCCAAACUCUGAAACUCUCAGAAAGUUUAAACAAACAAGGGCUAUGAGUUUUGAUUUUCCAAAGAAAAAGGGAACAGGAAUAUCAUGCCUCAUUCCUCGCACUUCUGCUGAGACUAUUUCAUUGAUGCAUGCUAUGAUGGUAUAUGACCCAGAAGAACGAAUAACUGCUAAGCAUGCAUUGCAGCAUGAGUAUUUUCAUGACUUGAGAUCGGCAGAAAAACAAAACCGGACCAUGCACCGUACAGUUAAAUGCCUAGAAGGGAAUGGAAACAAUUUAAGCCCAGGCGUGGUUCACAAUUUAUGGAGAAUCCACAAAGGACGGAAACGGGGUAUCCCUGUACGGCGUCAAAUUCCCGUGGAGCUGCCAAAGCUGAAUGUGCCAGGAACAACAAAGCGUGCUGGUUACCACAGUCGAACUUUAAAGCCAGUUUUUCCAACAGUAUCAGUGCCUGAAACUGGAACUCUACCGCAAGUCUCAUCUGUACAGUAUCUUGGAAAAAGCAAGGAGGACCCAUUCAAUCUUUCUGCUCUUCAACAUGAGAUUGUGUCAGUCAGGAAGAGCAUUGAUGACCAGAGAUAAUUUAGUUUCGUGUCCAAGACCAUGGAAUUCUACAACGAAAUGUUACAGUUUACCCUCUACAGAAAGAAAGAGUGAUGGCUACUGAGAACAAUUACAAUUCAAGAGUAUUCAAUAACCAUUCCUUUUCAAAAAUUCUUGUAAUGUUUUUUAAAUGUUGCAAAAGACCAUAUUUAAGUCUUCCACUGGAUUACAGGCUGACCAUCAGGUUUGUGCCUUUUUUUAACUUCAGUUUUUAAUCAAGUGAAGCACCAGCCCAAAGUUUAUUCACUUGAUGCCAGAAAAUAACAAAUAUUUUUAGAAUGGAAAAGCCAUAAACAAAAUGGCAUUUGAUGUUAAUCAAAAAAAGGCACUUUAUUUUCAAACUGGUUACCAUUUUAGUUAACAGAUUCAUCUAAAUGUAGACAUUUACUGAUCAAAAGCUGAAGAUAUGGAUUAAUAUUUGCAAAGAGUUAUAAAUGUUCCUUUUCUGAGAAAUCUAUGCCGACUCAACGUGGAGCAAAUUUGCACAAACAUCAAUCCUAAACCAUUAUCAGUUUGUCAGUAAAAUUUCACUUUAUAUGUAUAUAUCAUACAGUAACAUUUACAUUCUCACUUUCAUGGAAUUUAUGAGUGUGCAAAGACAUUUUAAUUAUCUUCAGGCCAAAUUGCUACAUUGAAUAUCUAUGUACAAUGUUGCCUCAACCAUUCUCUACCCCAUUAAAUAUUAUUUUUGUUUUGGAAAGUUGGAUCACAUUAAUGGACAAACUAGAUUACCAUACAUGGGGACAUUGGUAAACUACAGCCAUUUUAUUUGUUUUACAUCAAACAGCACAUUUAUAUGUUUUAAUAACAUUUAAUUCCCUUUUUGGAAAUUGUUCUUCAAUAAAUUUCUAUUUAUCAAAUGGAGGAUAUUUUGUCUUUUUUGGAGGGGAAAUAAGACAGUUCGCUCCAUUUCUCAUUUACUCCAGAAAAAAUGUAGCUAACAGAACUAUUGAUGGAUGCAAAGUGUGGAAGCAGACUUCCCGUGGAAGAUUGGUUUCCCCUAAUGUAUGACAAUUCCAAAAUUAAUUCAUUAUUAUUAUUAUUUUUUUUUUUUUUGUAUUUUGUUUUUUAUAUUAUAUAAAAUGUUAAUUGCAUUUUCUAACAGGUAUUCAGCCAAAUCAUGUUAAAAAGUAAAAAGGUGUUUUUGAUGAUUUGUGUAAUGUUAUAGUUUGUUAACUAACUAUUCACAAUAACCUUUGCUUUACACUUCAUUUAACAAGGGAUUAGUGAUGAGAAAUACGAAUGUGUGGUGAAGAUAUUUUAUGUCAUUAAAGAUGUGAUUUUUAACCUUCAGGAACAUUAAAGCUCAUAUCUGUUUUCAGUGAUUCAUCCUCCCCAGCAGCUAUUUGGACACCACUGCUGCACAUGGUCCAAAAAUAAAGUCAUGUUGUCCUCUGGCAAAAACAUAAUUUAACACUUUUAAUGCACUCGGAAAUUUUCUUUGCCAAGUUCAAAUUACAGCUACUUGUACAUGUAUUAAAAUACAAACCCACAAAUUCAAUUAGUUAAUGCAAGGUGUAAGAAGGAACUGUAGAUGCUGGUUUAAAUGGAAGAUACACAAAAAAGCUGGAGUAACUCAGCAAGCAGGCAGCAUCUCUGAAGAGAAGGAAUGGGUGACGUUUUGGGUCGAGGCCCUUGGCAAAAGGAGAAUGCAAAAGGCCCUUGGGACUCGACCCAAAACGUCACCCGUUCCUUCUCUCCAAAGAUGCUGCCUGUCCCGCUGAGUUACUCCAGCUUUUUGUAUCUAUCUUUAGUUAAUGCCAGGUAAUGUGUUUAGCUUCCAGAAACAUACAUUAGAGAAACAAGGCAAGUCAAUGAAUAGGAGUAA